ACAUAUUUUGAUUUUUUUUCCCUAGGUGCUACAGGGACUACUAAAGAUGUAGCAGAAGAAUCCAUAUCAGAUGAUGACAAAAGGAGGAACUAUGGUGGGGUGUACGUGGGCCUGCCGGCGGACGCGGCUGCCAUGGCUCCCAGUCAGACGAAAGCUGCACCCAAAGAAGGAAAUAAAGACAUCAAGAUGCAAACAGCCCGAGUCUACUAAGACCAGUUGCCAGUGCUUUGGAGAGAGCUGUCUUUGUGCUGAAGAUUUUGAUAUUUACACAGCCUUCUGGAGAGCAAGAGAGAUCAGAGCACCAAAAAAUCCAAACUGUUGCAAGUUCCAACUACGGGUAAAGCUUAAAGUACAGUGUUGAAUCAGUUUCCUAUGAUAGUUGCAUUAUGGAAACCUUCUGCUGUUCUCCAGUGAAAGAUGAAAUUGGUGAACUCAUGGUGGAUGUUUCUGCACAUGAGCUAACUUUGAUGAUCUGCAACUUAUUUCUCUGUGGCCAUAUUGCAGAUUCCAUCAGCUAUCAGCUACGCUUCAUAUAAUUUCUCCAACAACUUUUGAUAGAUUUUAUAUAGAAAACCAUCACUACUGUCCACUCAAUAGUUUCUAUGGUAGGUUCCUGUAAAUUAAUUGUCAUUUUACCUCAGAGUAAUAUAUUUGACAAGUUUUCAUCUUCUUGGGAAUAUUGCAAAUUUUAAUAUUUUUGCUGAGAAAUCUUAAGAAUAGGAUGAAACAAGCGUAAGACCGUAAGGAUCUUUAUAAUUAUUACUGUCCCUUUUAUACCAUGAGAUAAAUAUUAGUGUUUAAUUUUCACCUUUUAAAAAGAUAUUGCUCAAGGAAAUUGAUUCAAAUAAGAAUUAUAUACUUCAUUGUUACUUGCAUGUCUGUUUAUAUUUUUAUUUAGCUAUAUCUCUUUUAUAAAGUAUUACAUGUAAAAAAAAAAUACUAACAAAAUGAACAAUGAUGUGUUCCAUUCCAUGUAACAAUAAUAUGUCCUUGCAUAAGGAUGAAGUGAUAGUAUUUUAAGAGAUAGUGGGACUAAACUCCAGUCCAGCAUCCUCCUGACCUGUAGAGGAUUUUUGAUCACUUACUGGAGUUUUGUAUCCCCAUCUCAUCCGUAAGCAUCUCCAGUAUGGCAAAUUGAAACAGAAUGAGUGUUAUUACAACUUUAGCAAAUUGUUGAAGUUUUAAAAUUCAUUAAGUUAACAGCAAUUGUAAGUUUCACAUAGAAUAUAAAACAGAUUGUACAUUUACAGAUGGCUGAAUGAGUAUUUAAAUUAUUAAAGCCUUUUGCAUAAUUCUUUA